CCUGAAACUCAACAAGACUUUUUCAAACAUGAGGGUUGCUAUAUUCGGGGCGACAGGUCCAAGCGGACAAUUCGCUGUAAAAGAAGCACUUGAUAAAGGAUAUUACGUCACCGCUCUUGUACGGAAUCCUGGGAAGUUAACAACGAAAGAUGACAAACUGAAGGUAGAGAAAGUUGAUAUAUUUAAACCUGAGGAACUGGAACCUCACCUCAAAGACUGUGACGCUGUGGUGUCUUGCCUCGGAACAAAUACACAGGGGUUUCUUGGAAGGUCAAGAGUGACAUUUUACACAGAUUCAAUGAAGAGUAUCGUAACCGCCAUGCGCACUUCAAGUACGAAACGCCUGGUCUGUCUUACCUCCAUCGGAACAGAAAAAGCCGCUGGAAGUCCUUGGGUGGUGGAGUGGAUAUUUAGGCCCCUGUUGAUAGGGAACAUUUUAUCCAAUAUGGCGGAGAUGGAACACUAUCUUGUGGAUCACUGUUCAGACCUCAGCUACACUGUCGUUAGGCCAUCCGGGCUGGCCGAUGGGCCAAGUAGUGGUAAGGAGAUAAAGACAGAGGAGAACCAGUUUGUGACAGGAGCGUCCAUUUCCAUGCCAAGAGCGGACGUUGGAAAGUUUGUAAUAGACUGUGUCCAGAAGGAAAGUUGGCUUCAGAAGAUCGUAGCCAUCGGUUUACUUCCAUGAUAAAGACUUGUGAAAAACCACUUCAAAUGCUGUUUUCAUCUGGGUCUAGCAAUAAAAUGUAUUUUGUUUGUGCAUAUGCGCUUCUUACUCCAAAUAGACACUGUACGCUGUUUCGUUCAACAGGGAACAACUUGUGUAAAGUUCAUGGAGAUGAUUGAUUCAGUCAUUAAAACAUGUGCAGCCUCUUAUGUACGUGGUAGCAGAAAGUGCUUGUUAAUUAAAUAAAUCUAGAAACAAUCUGUUUAUUAUACCUAAGGUAUGCACAAUGUAUCUGUAUAGUCAUGCUUCAAGUUACUGCCAUACACCGUGCUUAUCCUCAAGCAAUCUGACACAUCAAUGAUACUAAGAUAUAAAAGUAAUUUCAGUAAC